UAAUGUGUUAUUGCUAUCUAUUACCGUCACUGAUCCACCGACAUUCCGUUUAGCCUCUGGUAAUGAACAAACAACAACUACUGUCAUAUCUGGUCACUGUGCCCUCUGAAAAUGUUGUUGCGCCACACGAUAAGGAUUUAGUUAGUUUUUUUUUAGGCGUGAUUUUUCAUAAGAUCCGCGAUAAACUCUGCGACGCGAAGUGGUUAAAACAAACGAAAAUGCUGUUUCUAGUAAGUUCAGUCGUUGACUUGUGCAUCUACAGUUUAUCCGUUGUGUUCCACGCCUGCUCGUCUCCCAUCUGUUCUGUAAGAAAAAGAUGAUGGAGCGGUGGAUACAAUUUAUCUUGAUUCUUGUAAUCACUCAAGGCUACUCUUGUUCUUUUUUGAAGGAAUCGCCAACACCGUCACCUGAUUUCGUUUGCCCCUCCGACCUACCAGAUGGCUAUUACACUAUGAACAACCAGUGCACUAAUGAUUUUUACUUGUGCUAUGGUGGAAACAUGAUAAAUUACCAGCUCUGCCCAGAACCACAAUUGUUCGAUCCAGAAAUGCACACUUGCGUCGAACCCGCACUUUGUUUCGAAUGUCCCGCUGAAGAAGGAAAAUAUCCUGUUCCUCAACACUGCGUCGGUGAAUAUUACGAAUGCACUAAGGGAUACCCGCAAAAACUGACGUGCCCUAACGACUACAUCUUUGAUCCUGUGACUUAUGAAUGCGUACCUUCCGGUGAAGCUACAUGCAAUACCGAUGCGUCGUUCGACUGCGGUGAAGACGGCUACUACACGUACCCUGACACUUGUAGCGGAUUGUAUUUUUAUUGUGCUGGCGGCCAAAGUUUUACAAUGUAUUGUCCAUCGGGUUCCGUAUUUGACCAAAACUUGUCUACCUGUAAGCCAAUAGAAGAAACAUGCACGCCCGGGCCAAAGACCACUACUCCAACUACUACCCCAACUACUACCCCAACUACUACCCCAACUACUACCCCAACUACUACCCCAACUACUACACCAACUACUACCCCAACUACUACACCAACUACUACCCCGACCACUACACCGACCACUACACCGACCACUACACCAACCACUACACCAACCACUACACCAACCACUACACCGACCACAACAACGACCACUGCAACAACCACUACAACAACAACAACUACUACAACAACAACUAAACCAACCACGACCCUCCCCCCAGGUUUUAUUUGCCCAAUGCCAAACGGUAACUUCGAAAUUCCCGGGAAUUGCACUUCGUUUUAUAAUUGCACCAAUGGAGUAUACACUAUACAAAAUUGUCCCUCUGGCACAGCUUUCAAUCCUGUUGUUGGAGCCUGCGAUUUUCCUUUCAACGUUCCUGGAUGUUUUUACUUAAGAGCUGACGAAUAUAAAACCAAAACCACUACAACAACCAGUAAACCAACCACGACCUUCCCCCCAGGUUUUAUUUGCCCAAUGCCAAAUGGUAACUUUGGAAUUCCCGGGAAUUGCACUUCGUUUUAUAAUUGCACCAAUGGAGUAUACACUAUACAAAAUUGUCCCCCAAAUACAGUUUUCAAUUCUGUUAUUGGAGCCUGCGAUUUUCCUUUCAACAUUGUUGGUUGUUUUUAUUUAAAAGCUGACGAAGAUGAAAAAGACCGACUCCUAGGUAUCGAUACAAAUUUUCAUUGCUCCGGCAAUGGCAAUUGGCCGCAUCCUACUCAGUGCCGUCUCUUCUACACCUGUGACAACCAGUCGGCUAUUAAACGAGCCCAUCUUUGGCAAUGCAAGAAAGGUUCUCUAUAUGAAACCAAGUACCAAAGAUGCCGGUAUUCGAAAGUCACUGAUUGCGGUGACCGCAUUUGAUAGAACAGAAUCAACAUAGUAACUGUAUUUUCAACCGACUAUGUGAUGGACUCCCGAGAAGACAGGUGUGAUUUUAAAAGAGUAUAUUAAUUAAUUAAGAAAAAAAAAAUAAAAAAAAUAUUACUUCAUCAA